AUGGACGAAAUACAACAAAUCCCAUUAUUACCGAAUCCCUGGCGGACUGAACCACCUCAACCUCCCCGCUACGAUGAAGCCAUCUCAGAGAUCCCCAAAGGCACCGAAUCUGCCAAUACUCCCGAGGCCAAUUCCCCUGCGAAACGUCUCACAAAAGCAGAAAAGUUUUAUAACCGCAUCGUCAAGGAAGCCGGUGUCUCUCCUACCCCCGUCUUGACUGUCCAGGGCAUGCAUAUUGGGACUGUGGCGACGGAAGUAUACAAUUCCAGCAGAAGCAGUGACUGGCUUAUCUGUCACGAUGAUGGGUCUAGAGAGAAGAAAGAAUGGUAUGCUGUCAAGGCGUGGGAUGAAUCAAAGGGCGAAUAUCCAGACGUUGAGGAUAGAGAGAGUGCAACACCAGGGCUGAGGGGGUGGUGUGAUCGAUUCUAUAAAAAUUGGUCGCCAUUCAAGACAUUCACAAUCCAACGAAGCAUCCGAGGCUUCGAUCUCCAAAUCCUGCGUUCAUUUCUCAUCGCCCAGAUCCGUAGCCUCAACUACCAAGGCAAGGUUUCCAUUUCGCUCGAUCUUGAACGGGACUCUGUUACAAUCCAUUCUGAUCACUGGAUGAAUCGUUUGCGUCAAACCAUUCUUGUCCGCUGUCUGUGUAUUAUCUUCCAGCUGCGGAUUAUCACCUGGCCAUUCAUCGCUCUCUUCAAGCGGCAUUACGAGGUUGUCCGGGUGAAUUGGUACUCAUCGCGAUAUAUCAAGUAUAAUCAUCAUCCAUCACAAUCCCGCAAGAUCUACGCUACCGGUAAGGAUGAGUCUAUGAUUGCAGAGUACUGGGCUCCGAUUGUCAGACAGGCUACCUGGGAAAAACUACGCGGGUCGAAAGCGUUGGAUGAAGGGGAUAUGGAGAGAUUGAGAUACACAGAAGCGGGGGUUCACCGGGCUACGAUAGAGCCGUGGGGAGGGAAUAGUUGA